AUGUAAAAUCAAUAACUUGGAUAAAAAUUAUCUAAUAUUAGUUCAAUGAUUUAGUAAUACUAACCAAUGCCUCCAAGUAAUUUACUCAAAUAAUUUUAGACCCAUCAUAAAUACUAUCUAUUCCUUCAACUACACAUAACCAAAUUUAAUAGCCUUAAGUUCUAUAAUCUAUAAUGAAGGAUUAGAAACAAUUUAAAUAGUAAAAUAUAGUUAUCACAUUAGGGAUGUAUCAGGAUUAUUGGCAAAAUUAGAUUAAAUAUAAAACUAAAAUAGUCCUAGAAGAAAUUUGGCACCUAUCUAUGGUUAAAGUUAAGUGACGCCUUUUCAAAAUUAAAACGAUUUUUUAUUAUAACCUACACUUUCUUCCCCUUCAAGUGUAUGUGUAGCAUUAAAUAUCCCAUAAGAUCAGAAAAAAACUAAAGAAUAAAAUACAAAUAUCUUAAGACAAGCUGAAUAACUUGAAUUCUUUCUGUAAUCCAAUAAUGAAGUAAUUAAUCAUCUAUUUUAAGUUAAAAAAAGCACUUUAAUAAUCAAAUAAUAAAAUUAAUGAACAACAAAAACAAUUGGAUUAACUUAUUAAGCAAAAUGAAGAACAGAAAUAAUAAUUAAUUGCAAACGAAUAAAAUAAAAUAAUAUAAUAAAAAUCAUAUAAUGACUAGAUUCUAAAUGUUCAACUUACACACUAAAAAGAAAUUAAGUAAUUAAAAAACUCUGAAAAUUAAUUAAAAUAAUAAAUCGAAAGUUAAUGGUAGCAAAAAUAUACAUUAAAAGCUAAUGAAUUAACUUAAGCUACCAAACUACUAAACAAUAAGAUUAAUUCAUUAUAAAUGGAUGUAAAAGAUAAAUAAGAAUAAUUAAACUCUCUUAUAUUUUAAUCAAAAGAACUAUCAAAUUAAUUAGAAAAAAGAAUUGAAGAUUUGAAUGUAAAAGAAGAAUUAUUAUCCGAAAAAUAACUCGAAUUAGAACGAAUAUAAAAUGAGUUUAAUUAAGCCCUUGAAAAAUAUGAACAUAAUAUUAAAGAAUCGAUUUAAAAUCAUUCUCAAGAUGUGAUUUCUUUAGAGCAGCUUAUUGAUGAACUAAAAUAACAUAACAUCAUUCUAAGUUAAUAAAUUAUUAAUAUUGAAUAAUAAAAUGCAAAAGAGGUAGAAACUAUCAAAAAAUUACAUACCUAAGAAUUAAAUGAGAAAUUAGAUGAAAUAAUUAAAAAAAACUAAAUAGAAAAAUAGUAAAUCUAAAAACACUAUGAUGAAAUUAUUAAUAAGAUAAAUUCGGAAAAAAGUUAUUUAUAAUAAAACAAAGAUCAAUAAUAAUUAUUUUUGGAGUAAAAAGUAUAAAUAUUGAAUUAAGAAUAUAAAACAACUUUAGAAACUGUUAAAAUGUAAUAAGAUAAAAUAUAGAUCCUUACAGAUUAAUUGUCUUAGUUAGAAAUCCAAGCUAAAAAUUUGAAUAGAGAAAAUAUCAAUUAAAUUGCUUAUCUUAAUUAAAAAUUAAAAGAAAUGGGGUCUGCCUAGCCUUAAAAUUAGAAUUCAAAUUAUUGUUAAAAUGAAUUGAAAUCAUAAAAUUUAGAUCUUAGAACUCAAUUAGAAGAAAAGAAAGAAAAAUUAGAUUAAUUAAUUAAUAAUUUAAAUUAAGUAAUUGAAAUAAAUUCUACAUAUAAAAUUCAAUUAAGCGAAUUUUAAGAAAAGUUAUCAAAUGUUAGUUAUAAUAAUGAAAAAGAAAAUGAAGCAUAUUUUAAUUAAAUUAAGUAAUAAAAAAUAACUAUAGCAGAGUUAUAGAAAAAAAUUGAUUAAUAUAUAAAAAAUGAAGUUAAUUUGAAUAAUUAAAUAAAUGAACUUAGAAAUAAUAUUCAGUUAUUGGGAAAUUAAAAAUAAGGUUUUAAAGGAGAUAAUUAUGAUAAAGAAAAAGAAGUAUAAACUUGUAGUUAUUUAUUAGUUAAAUAAACAUCUUAUAUAAAAAACAAAUGAAUAUAAGCAAUAAAUUGUUGAUUUAGAAAAUUUACUUUAAAGUUUAAAAGAAGAAGUCAAAUUGAAAAAUUAAUUGAUUUCUGAAUUGAAAAUGAAUAACAAAGAAAUUAAAUAAUAAAUAAUGUCAUCAUAAAUUAGUGGAAUUAUUUUGAAUGAAAAAUAAGUUUAAGAAUAUGAGAGUCAUAUAAUGUAGUUGAAAGAUGAAACAAAUUCAUAAAAAGCUAAGAUAGAAAGUUUGUAAUCUCAAUUGAAAUAAGUUAGAAAAGAUAAAGCUUAAUUGUCUAUGACUUUAAUGAAUUCUGGAAUGUUAAAUAUUUAAUCAAGUGUAACAGAGAAGAAUUGA